UCAUAGUGAUAAGCAGCAUCGAAUUGGGAUACUCAGAAGAAAAAUGCAACUCGUUCGAUAAUGUUUAUGUUAAGUUAGUCGAUAGUGACCAUGUACAAUUUAAUAAGACAGUGAACGGGUGUAUAGAAAAGAUUAAAUUUGGAGAAAGGACUGUCAAAAUUGCAUCUAUCAAAAACCAGACAGUUCAUGUCUUGAAAAAGGAUUCCGUAAGAAAUAUGGUGGAGCUGGUAAUGUUAUACUUUUUGGGUUGCGAAUUAUAUGUAUUGGAACCGUUUGCUUUUAGGAAUCUACCAAAACUGAGAAUCGUCGAAAUAUCUUUUUGCAAUCUGAAGGAAAUACCAAAAAACGUCUUCAACCAUAUUUCCAGCAUAGAAGAGUUGGGUUUAAAAUACAACCAAAUAGACUUCAUCGAAAAUCAAGCCUUCGCGAACUUGACCGCCUUGAGAAAAUUGGUCUGCAGGCACAAUAACCUGGAAUAUUGGAACAGAGAAUGGUUUGAUGCCACUCCAAAUUUGAAAAUUAUGGAUUUCCAGCAUAACAAAAUUAGAACGAUCCCAAGAAAAGCUUUCGCAGCUCUCCCAAACCUAAAAGGAAUUUUCUUCGGAUACAACGAAAUUAGCGACAUCCAGCCAGAUGCCUUCAAGGGAUUGACCUAUUUGGCAUAUGUGGAACUGAGAAACAACAGGCUGAAGGUCCUAAAUGAAGAUAUUUUUCCAAACGACAUCAAGAUCAAUAGAUUGUUGCUCACCGCCAACUAUCUCAAUUUCAUUUCCAACGAGGUUCUGAAGAAAAUGUCCGUGGAGGAGGUUCUCUUGUACCACAACCCUUGGAAAUGUCCGUGUCUCGAUAGGAUAAACUACUGGCUUUAUACUACCAAAGGAACUUCAGUCAAAGUGCCUGAGUGCGAGGUCGAUUCAAUCCCAAUUUGUGCUUAUCCGAAUUUGUACUCCCAGUCGUGUUUGGAAUAUGUAGACGAUGAACUUACUCAAAGGUAUCUCAAUAGUGUCAAGGCCUCUUCAACUGAUGAACAUAAAUAUUGUGCAAGAUUAGACUGACAUUUUAGUAACUGACAGUGUUGUUCCUGCUUGGAAAAAUUGCAACAGACUAUGUCGACAACAGAAAAGUGUAACUCCUGAAUCAAACACACAAAAGCGCAUCAUUUCGCGUCGAGUGGUUGGUAACACUAGCUGAUUUAUCUUCAUCCUCAUUUUCAUAAUUAUAUUCAAAUUUGAACACCUGAUACUUACAAUUACUUACAAGUACUUGAAUUCAAUUCUACUUUAACAAAAUUCGAGUAUUACUAAAAAUAGUGACACUGAAAACCUCGGCUGCGGAAGCUUCAACCAUUUUCUGUUCUGAACUGUUUCAGAAAUUUCUAUACUUUCAAAACCACACCAUACUGGU